AUGUGGCGAGUUUCGCUUUUUCUGGCCGCUAUUCACCUCGUAUCGGGUGUUCAGGGGCUUGCUGUAAGCUCGGUCCACGCCCCCAGCGACACUCAACUGACCACUGAAGCCAUCGGUGAUUUCGAAGAAGUCGGGUUUGCGGGUGUAAAACGUACAACUUCAUCCACGCCACAGCCUGAGUGCAAAUCCUUUCCAGGAGACAAAUCUUGGCCCAAAGAAUCCGAAUGGUCGCGUCUCAAUAAGACCCUGGGAGGUGCUCUCUUGAACCCCCUCCCGGCUGCGUCCGCGUGUUACAGCACGUCACCCAACUUUAAUGCCGAAACCUGCAGUUUCCUCCUCAACAAUGCGAGCCGCACAACCUUCUAUCUGGAUGACCCCCUCACUAUCUUGACGCAGUGGCCCCAGGGUAACACAUGCCUCAUCUCCCGAAAUCCGACCGGCACCUGUACUCAGGGGGGAUACCCCGUCUAUGUGGUCAACGCAACAAACGUCAAACAAGUCCAGGCCGCGGUCAAUUUUGCCAGAAACAAAAACAUCCGCCUUGUGAUCAAGAACACCGGGCAUGACUCCGGCGGACGGAACACAGGGGCGGGCUCCAUUAGCGUUUGGACGCAUUACCUGAAGGGCUUUGAAUUCCUUCCCAACUAUAAGCAGCCCGGCGGAAAUUACCGAGGCCCAGCUGCCCUCGUGGGUGCCGGGCUGCAAGUGUGGGAAGUCUUUGCGAAUGCCGAACGAUACAACAUCACAUUGACGGCGGCGUCUUGCCUCACGGUCGGGUCGUACGGUGGUUGGAUAACCGGAGGCGGCCACUCUCCUCUCAGCUCCAAGUAUGGUUUGGGCGUCGACCAGGUCUUGUCUCUGCAGGUUGUCACGGCCGACGGGCGAUACGUAACAGCAGACCCCAAGACAAACGAAGACCUGUUUUUUGCUAUGAGAGGGGGCGGAGGCAGCACGUACGGGAUUGUCACCUCGGCCAUCGUUAAAGCGCACCCCCAGAUCAACUUGACGAUCGCGAGCUUUAACUUUGCUGUCGGCGAUACGGUAUCAACGACUCCGAGCCCCAGCGUCACGAUCACCGACAUCGACACAUUCUGGAAAGGGUUCAACGAAGUCUACGCAUUUGGAGUCCCCACCUCUGACGCUGGGGGGUAUCUGUGGACCAACGGCAUCCCAACAGGCGCGAACCGCUACCAAAUGCAGACCCAGGUCCAGCUACCCGGCCUAACGCCGGACGAGGCCACCGCCUUUGUACAACCGCUCCUCCGCACCCUCAACGACCUCGGGAUCCCCGUCGCCAUCACCACCCCAACCACCCGCGUGUACAGCAGCCAAACCGGAAACACCGGAGGCCAACCCGGCAACGGGUACUACGCGUCCCGGUUGUUCCCGCGCGCGUCCUUCGAAAACGGCACGCUCUUCGCCGCGGCCAUGGCGGCGGCCCGGGCGACGGUCGAGGGGGGGUACACCUUCCACGGCCUCAACAUGGCGCCGACGCUCAAGGCGGCCGGGUACCCGGCCCCGGCCGGCCUCAACCCCGUGUGGCGCGACACCGUCAUGCACGCUGACGUGUUCGCGCGGGUCGACAUGGGCGCGCUGACGCCGGCGCAGGGCGCGGCCGAGCAGCGCCGGCUGAACGGCUACAUGGAGGCGAUCCGCACGGCGACACCCGGUAGUGGGGCGUACUUCAACGAGGCGGAUAUCCAGGAGCCGGAUUGGCAGCGCAGCUUCUUUGGGUCCAACUACGAGAGGCUGGCGCGCAUCAAGCGCGAGCGGGACCCGUGGCAUGUGUUUUGGGCGCCGACGACGCCUGGCAGUGAGGCGUGGGCGGUGCGGACGACGAGCGAGCUGCCGACACAGAAUGGUCGGCUUUGUCGCGUGUAG